AUUUUACGAUCUUCUUCUUCUUUUAUUUUAUUUUAUUUUUCAGAAAAAAAUGGAAGAAUAUUUUCAUGAAAUAAACCGUUGUUUUCUUGUUAUUUUAGUAUUUUUCUGUAUGUAAUUUCGUGGCUAUUAAUCUCCAAAUCCACAGUGCAGCUAGGGUUCUCGUUCAUCCAUUUUUUUUCGUCGUCGACGCCUUAGUUAUGGAGCAAAAGGUAAGCUAAUUGUUGAUUUCAGUUGCGUAUUAUUUACUCCGUAGUUAUUUUGAUUAUUUUCUCGCGAAUUAAAUGCGAAGCUGCUAAGAGUAAUUCAGUGUAACUUGGGUGCGAUUUCGAUUUCAAAUGUUUUUAUAAAAAAAUAAAAAAUAAAAAAUUGGAGAGUAGCCACAGCUGGAAUAAUAGUUGGUAGUUUUGGAUCUUGAUCUGAGUGUGACUUCUGGGUAUCCGUCAUUUGGAGCUCAAAGUUUUAGCAUUUUGGUAGUGAUGGAGUUGGAAGGUGAGUGUUCAGCAACUGGAGCGGUGGAGGUUAGUGAAACGGUUAGCAAUUCAAAUUCUGAGAAAUUGGGAGCUUAUGGGAAUUGUGUGAACGAGCAUGAUAAUGAAUCAAUGGAGACUAAGGGGAAGGGAUUUGAAGUUACUGAGGAGGCGGUGGCAGUGAAAUCGACGACGCCUUCACCUACAACAAAAGGGUAUGGACUGAGGAAAUGGAAGAGGAUCAAUAGGGGGGAAGUAAAGAAGGAUGGGGAUAGUAAUAUAGAUACUAGUAAGUUGAUUGUGAAGCGGGAUUUGUCGAGUUCGAGUAAGAAUUCUGCAAAAUCUGUGCGCUAUUCUGCUGGAACCUCGCAACAGAGCAGUGAAUUUGUGAGUUUGAUUGGCAAUUCAGUGGCUGUUCAUGGUUCUGCUUUUAUGGCUGGGGAAGACUUGGAGAAUAGUGAGGAUCAGAGUAGUGAUAGUGCUUCAAACCCCCCGAGGAAUAAAAAACCCGCAGGUAAUAAGAACUUGGCGAAUUUGAGCCAAAACAAUUUGGGUACUUCAGUUCAGAAAGGCCAGCAGAGCAAGGAUUGGACAGAAUCUAGUAAGAAGCUUAGAGGAGAAAGGGUUAAAAUUGACAAGGAAAACUCUCAUUCCAGCAUGGAAUCUGACUCAAGAAGCUCCAACUUUGUCUUUAUGCAGGGGGGUACUAGUAGCCUGAAAAGUAACGGGACAAAAGGAGAGAGGCCAUUGAAUUCUGAUGGAGAAAAUAGAGAUGAAGAUAAGGAAUGUGAAGGAAAAGUUGGCGAUGAUGACCUUCAAGCUAGUUAUAAUGAUGGGAAUACCGGACAGUUUGAAGAUGUAUUGCAGGAAGGUCUAUCUGCCGAGUCAUCUUGGGAGGCAAAAGAUGAGAAAAGUGAGAACCAGGGCACUUCAACGGAUCAUGAUCCUGUGAUCGGAUCUAUCUUCACACUCCAAACUGCCCAGGAAGCACUGGAAAGGGAGGUUCAAAAGUUCAAAGAAAUAGCAAAAGAAGCUGAGCAUUUGGAACCGGUUAAUGGCAUGCAAGAUUCUUUUGAUUCCUUGGAAAAUGAGGUGAUUAGCCAGAAACAGGUUCUGAAACUUACUGAAAGCAAGCUUGAGGAGGCAACAUCGAUGCUUACAUUAAAGGAUGCUAAAGUGAAUGAGCUCGAGUCCAUUAUAAGCAACGGGCCAAGAACGGGGGAGAGACAGACUGCAAUGCAGCCCACCUUAGACAUAGAAACCGAGCUUGAAACCCUCUUUAAACAGAAAAUUGAAACUGAAGUUGAGUUCUUGGUGUCAAAAGCUGCAGUAUCUGAUCAAAUCACUCUCUUAGAACAACAAAAGGCUCUAGCUUCAGAUAAUAUGGUGAACAAACUCGGAGAUGCAGAACAGAAGGCUGAAAUGCUGAAGAAGGAAGCGGAGAAGUUGGAGAACUACUGCAAAAACAUGGUCAGUUCUGCUGAUGACACUCUAAAACUACAGAAAAGCGUCUUUAAACACACUUUCUGCUUCUGUUCACAGCUGAUACUACUAGUUCUCGUCGUUGGACUGUUCAUCUUUCAGUUGUCUCCCCAUCACCUUACUCCCGUUGUACCUACAUAAUUUUGAGGAAGCAAGGUUUUCUCUUCGUUUUUGUAAUUUAUCAUCCUAAAUGCAUCUCAAACCUUACUUAGUUGCUUUCAAAUAUAAUCUUGGUAUCACUUCAUUGUA